AUGACGACGCCACAUCAUUACGACGCCAUCGUCAUCGGUUCCGGCCAGGGCGGCGGACCGCUGGCACAGGCCCUCGCCAAAGCCGGCCGGCGAACCGCUCUGAUAGAGGCCAAGCAUGUCGGAGGGACAUGUGUGAAUGAAGGGUGCACGCCGACCAAGACGAUGGUUGCCAGCGCCCGGGUCGCCCACCUGGCCUGCCGGGGGGAAAGCUAUGGUGUGCAGAUCAAGAAGAACAGCCUGGUGUUGAAGAUGGAGAAGGUGCGGCAGCGGAAGCGCAACAUUGUGGAGAGCUUCCGCACGGGAAGCGAAAAUCGAAUCCGCGCGACAGAAGGCCUGGAUUUGAUCAUGGGUACGGCGCGGUUCACGGGGCCCAAGGCCGUCGAGGUGGUGCUUACAUCGCCGAAGAAGGCGAAUAGCAGUGCCAGCGAUGCAGCGGAGACGACGACGGAGAACCAACAUCCCCAAGAAGACCAUGCCGCUUCCACCACCACGCUGGCGCUCACGGGCGACCAGAUCUUCAUCAACGCAGGCUGCUCGCCAGCAACGCUGCAGGCAAAGAAUGUCGAUGUCGUCAGGCGCAUCGGCCACGCCAACGUGCUCGACUCGACCAGCAUCAUGGAACUCGCCGAGGUGCCGCGCCACCUGGUCGUGCUCGGCGGCGGCGCUAUCGGCUGCGAAUUUGCCCAGAUGAUGCGCCGGUUUGGGGCCCGAGUCAGCCUGGUCCAGCGCGCCUCGCAACUGCUGCCCAAUGAAGACCCCGACGUCGCGGCGGAGAUGCUCAAGAUCUUGGUCGACGCUGGCAUUGACGUGUACUUGGGCGCCCAGACCCGCGAGCUCUCCACCAUCACGCUUGGCCAGAUCGUGGUACAGUUGGAGCUCGGCCAGAACGGUAAUCACGGAGGCGACAGGAACGAUGGCCAUGGCCAUGGCCAAACGGGCGGUGAUGGUAGCAGGGAUGACUUCAACGACAGAGCUGGAGGGAUCAAGACGCUGCUAGCUUCGCAUGUGUUGGUCGCGAUAGGUCGGAACCCCAAUACCGAACCGUUGAAUCUGCAGGCCGCCGGCGUCGAGGUCGACGCCCGAGGAUUCAUCAAGGUCGACGAGCACCUGCGCACCACGGCUGCAGACGUCUACGCCCUGGGAGACAUCAAAGGCGGACCGGCGCAGACGCAUGUGGCCUACGACGAUUACCGCGUGUUGAGGGACAAUUUGAUCCCAAUCCCCAUCCCCGGCACUCCUGCUGCGACUGCUGCUGCUGCUACCGGCGGUAAGCAAGCAUCCAUCGCCGACCGACUGAUCCCAUACACAAUCUUCACAGACCCGCAGCUGGGGCGGGUCGGACUGACGGAGAAGGCGGCUCGGGAGCAGGGCAGGCGGAUCAAGGUGGCCAAAAUGCCCAUGAAAUACGUGGCGCGGGCGCUCGAGAUGGACGAGACGCUGGGGUUCAUGAAGGCCGUGGUUGACACCGAGUCCAAGCAGAUCCUGGGGUUCGCGUGCCUGGGCAUCGAGGGCGGCGAGAUCAUGACCAUGGUCCAGCUCGCCAUGCUGGGCGGCUUGACUUACGACAAGCUGGAGAAUGCCAUGUUCGCACAUCCAUCAUUGUCGGAGAGCUUGAACAAUCUCUGGGGCUUCCUGGAGUGA